AUGAGUAUGACGAGUGAAGAAUUAAACUAUCUCAUAUGGAGGUACUUUCAAGAGAGUGGUAACGCUGUGAGCGCAUUGGCAUUACAAGAUGAGACCAAGGUGCUUGAAUUUGAUAAUAAGUAUAAGCAUCUCAUACCUAUAGGGACGCUAGUGAACUUAGUACAAAAAGGAAUUCUGUAUACGGAGAGUGAGCUUUUAGUUGGUCAUGAUGGUUCUAUAAAGAAAGAAGAUGCGGAUCGUUAUGGUAAGGAUUUUAAUCUUGUGCAAGCUUUACAAAUAGACAAGGAAAAAUUUCCAGAGAUUCAAGCCAAAGGUCGAUUUGCACUGGAACAUGAAGCUGAAUAUUAUGAUGAGCAGGAAGAAGAGCAACAGCGGCAGGAUGAAGAGCAAUCAAACGAUGGAUUUAUAAAGACUUUGGAAGAAUUUGUUAAAUUAGAUGAAAUUAUAAGUUGUAAAUGGAAUCCGGUCAGUGAUGAGAUAUUGGCAUGUGGUGGAAGGGAUUCUGUAGUGACAGUUUUAAGAGUAGACGUCUCGAAUAAAAACAUUAAAUCGAAAAUAGAAUUGAGACAUCCAUUUGCACCAAGUUCCAGUGCUGGAAAGACCACCAAUGAAGUAACAUGUCUUGCCUGGUCGCCUAGAGGUGAUGAAAUCGUUACAGGUGUAGAAAAUGGUGAGCUACGAUUGUGGAACGUGGAAGGUAAGUUGCAAAACAUUUUCAAUUUCCACCGCGGUCCCAUAGUGGCUAUUGAAUGGAAUGAAAACGCUACCCACUUCAUCACAACAGAUGUAGAAAAUAUUACCAUCCUUUGGAAUGCCGUAACGGGAACAGCAUUGCAGCAUUUUGAACUACGAGAUCAAUCAUCUACAGCAGAAUCACUAGGUGUAGACAUCGAAUGGAUUGAACAUGACAAAUUUGUGCUUCCUGGACCUCAGGGUUCCCUAAUGGUAUUCCAAAUGGAUGAAGAUAAACCUAUUGGUAAGUUGUUGGGUCAUCGUGGAGCAAUUGGUGUAUUGGAGUUUAAUUCGCAUAGUAGAAUGCUGUUGAGUGCCUCUGAUGAUCAUACGUUAAGGAUAUGGCGUGGUGGUAGUUGUAAUUCUAGUAACACUUUUUAUGGACAUUCUCAGAGCAUAUUAGCGGCAUCAUGGAUUGAUGAAGACAAAGUUAUAUCAGCAUCUAUGGAUGGAUCAGUACGUGUAUGGUCACAUAGUGAUAAUGCUUUAUUGGCGGUCAGUAUGGCUGACGGUAUACCGAUUUUCGCAGCAAGGCUCUCUAAAGAUAAAACCAAAUAUGCAGUUGGAUUCAUGGAUGGCCAAAUAACUAUUUAUGAUGUCAGCCAAUUAGUGUCGCAAUUGAGACAAUCCAGAUCUUCAAGAGCCCCCAUAACAAUACCGAUCUUUGGUAUUUUCCAAAAUGUUAAAGAUGCCAACUGCGUCUACGAUAUUUCAUGGAAUCACAACAGUAAUGAAAUAUCAGUUGCUUACUCAAAAGAAGGUGGUUCAAUAAUAUCCUUGUAG